AUGGCUACUAUUGAAGAGAGAGUAAAAAAAAUAGUCGCAGACCAACUUGACCAGAAGCCAGAGGCGAUCAAGAAUGAUGCCGGCUUUGUGGGUGACCUGGGUGCCGAUUCUCUUGACACAGUCGAACUAGUAAUGGCCAUAGAAGAGGAGUUCGACAUAGAGAUUCAGGACGAAGAUGCAGAAUCUCUCAAAACUACCCAAGAUGUCAUUGAUUACAUCAGAAACAACCAGAAGUAA